AAAAAUUGUGUUGCAGUCUUUACCAAUAAGCAUUAAGCAGGGCAUUGACAGACAGAGUGGUCAUAGAAGAAACUGGAGACUGGAGUCAGAAUCCAGAAAGAAAAAAAACAGAUGAGCAAACUGAAACAGAGAGAAAUGAUUAGGUAUUUAGUGGGCAUAUUUUUAAUUUAUACAAUCAAAACAGUAACUGCCUCGAUUCACGUGUACCAAAACGAAGCGUUUAUACCUCGCUCAAAUGCCUUCUUCUUUCAUGGAGGCAGUGAAGGUCUCUACGCUUCUAGAAUCCACGAUUCCUCUUCUUCUUCCUCUGAUAAACCACUUCAUGGGAAAUCCUUUAUCAGGUUCGAAGAUGUUACUUUUGUGAGAACGAAGGAGGCUGCCAGUAAGCCAAAUGAAAUGCAACAGAGCACUGGAUUAGUGGAAGCUAUCAUACUUGAGGUGAAAGAUAGGGACAGGAUUGGAGGGGCAUUCCUAAAAACUAACGCGAUAUGCUGUGACCCUACACUUGCUCAGGCUGGGUCCUGUACGCUAGGGGAAGUUAUUAUCCAAAAGGACAAAGAUAACCCAGAAUGGCCAAAACGCAUUCAGACAUCCUUUGCAGGGAAGAAUGAAGAAGCUAAAAUGGAGCCUGAAACUGUGGAAAUAAAUAGUACUGGAAUGUACUACCUUUACUUCAUGUUCUGUAAUCCAGAACUUAAGGGUACAUUGAUUAAGGGAAGGACUGUGUGGAAGAAUCCUUAUGGUUAUUUACCUGGAAAGAUGACUCCUUUGAUGUCAUUUUAUGGCAUCAUGUCUUUGGCUUAUCUUGUACUAGGAUUAAUCUGGUUCUUAAGGUUUGUUCAGUUCUGGAAGGAUGUCAUACAUCUGCACUACCACAUCACAGCAGUUAUUGCACUUGGAAUGUGUGAGAUGGCUGUUUGGUAUUUUGAAUAUGCUAAUUUUAAUUCCACCGGAACAAGGCCUAUGGGAGUUACAUUGUGGGCUGUCACCUUUAGCACUGUAAAGAAGACUUUAUCUCGCCUGCUCCUUUUGGUUGUUUCCAUGGGCUUUGGUGUAGUAAAGCCAACGCUUGGUGGCAUAACAUCAAAAGUACUUCUUCUUGGUCUGGUAUAUUUUAUUGCAUCAGAGGCACUUGAGCUCGUUGAGCAUUUAGGGAAUAUCAAUGACUUGUCCAAGAAAACAGAGUUAUUUUUGGUGCUUCCUGUUGCUUUCCUAGAUUCUUGCUUCAUUGUUUGGAUUUUCUCAUCACUGUCAAAAACAUUAGAGAAGCUUCAGAUGAGAAGGAACAUGGCUAAACUGGAUCUGUACCGAAAGUUUACCAAUUCUCUUGCAGUUACUGUUCUCCUCUCCAUUGCUUGGAUUGGCUUUGAGCUAUACUUCAAUGCAACUGACCCGCUAAGUGAGCUAUGGCAAGCUGCUUGGAUCAUUCCUGCUUUCUGGACUCUGCUUGCAUACUGUCUCUUGGCAGUGAUAUGUGCUCUGUGGGCUCCUUCAAGUAACCCUACUAGGUAUGCAUAUUCAGAAGAGAUGGGAGAAGACAUCGAUGAGGAAGGUAUCUCAUUGACAAGCAGUGUGGAUAUUGCGACCAAGCUAGAAAGGAAGGGGCUUGGGGAAGAUCUUGAAGAGGAUAAGCGAGAAUAAAUGAAUUUUACCCAGCACCAAUAGUGAAUUCCUCUUGGGAGCUGCAGUUGCAUAUUCAUGAGUUUCUCUUUAAAUUGUGAUAUGCAAUGUGUUGUAUGUACAAAAGCCUUGUGAAGAGUUGGCUAGAUAACAGCUAACUGAUUAGGUAACGAAACAAAGAGAAGUUUACUUGGAUACCUAUGUUAUAUCAUGCCCUGAAUUUAUCAAUCAUUCGUGGAGUCCAUGUAUUGUGCUUGCAUUAUUAUGUCAGCAAGCAUUCUUUUAUACUGAUCCCUAACUUCCUGUGGGGGCAGAAUCACCCUAACCCAUUUUCCAUGUGCGGUUUGAGGAUGACAGAUUAUGGCAAGACUAGUAGCAAGUGCUUAUAAACAAGAGAGUUCAGUGGGCAAUAGGUGAUGAUGUUGUAAAUUCUGAUUUCCCCAUUUGGAAAGUCUUUUUCUCAAUUUGACUUCA